CCCAGGAGAGGAGCUGGGGAGCCAGGGGACAGGAUGGCCCCGCAGAGAGCUGUGCAGCUGUCCCUGAAGACGCCCACCCACGCCGUGUGUGUGGUGGGAGUCGAGAUGCUCGUGGACGUUCACAGCGAUGUGCCCAAGGGCGCCAAGACCUUCGGGCUCUCUGGGAGCUCCGGGGUGGAGGUCUUUGUGGUCUACAAUCCCACACGGGUGACAGAACCCACAGGCAAGGCCCGCUGGCCCCUGGAUGCCAAAGUGGAUGUGGUCGUAUCCAUGGACACAGCCAGCAAGGACUUAAACGACCGUAAGGUGAAGGUCUUCUACUUCGGGGAGCCCGAGGGGGAUGCCCUGGGCCACAGUGUGCUCUACCUCACUGGCGCCGACGUUUCCCUGGACGUCGACACAGGCCGCACAGGCACAGUGAAGAGAAGCCGAGGGGACAAGAAAACCUGGCGCUGGGGCCCUAAGGGCUAUGGGGCUGUCUUGCUGGUGAACUGUGACCGGGACAGUCACAGGUCCAGGCAGCCUGACCUUGCCAACAGCCAGCUGAUGACGCUGGAUGACCUGCAGGACAUGUCCCCGAUGGUGCUGAGCUGUGAUGGCCCCGACGAGCUCUUCAACAGUCACAAGCUGGUCUUAGACACGUCCUUGUCUGACUCCCAAAGAGUGGGGGUCUUCUGUGCUCAGGGUGGGAAUUCCCUCUCCAACUACAAGCAGGUUCUGGGGCCCCACCAGCUGUCCUACAAGAUCGAGCGGCAGCGGGGGGAGCGGGAGAUCAGAUUCUACGUGGAGGGGCUCGCCUUCCCUGACGCCGAUUUCCUGGGGCUGGUUUCCCUCAACGUCAGCCUGGUGGACAUGGGGACCAUGCCUGCGGUGACCCUCUUCACAGACACCGUCACCUUCCGCGUGGCCCCCUGGAUCAUGACCCCCAACACCCAGCCCCCCGAGGAGCUGUAUGUGUGCAGUGUGAUGGAUGCUCAUGGCUCAAAUGAUAAAUUCCUGGAAGACAUGUCUCACCUGGCAUCGAAAGCCAACUGCGAGCUGAUCAUCUGCCCUCGGAUUGAAAAUCGAAAUGACCGCUGGAUCCAGGACGAGAUGGAGUUUGGCUACGUUGAGGCCCCGCACAAGUACUUCCCCGUGGUCUUCGACUCCCCCCGAAACAGAGGCCUGCGGGAUUUCCCCUAUAAGAAGAUCCUGGGUCCUGACUUCGGAUACGUAACCCGGGAGAUCCUGGCCGCUGGUGCCUCCAGCCUAGAUUCCUUUGGCAACCUGGACGUGAGCCCGCCCGUCACGGUGGGCGGCAUGGAGUACCCCCUGGGCCGGAUUCUCAUCGGCAGCAGCUACCCCAAGUCCGGCGGGCGACAGAUGGCCAGGGUGGUGAGAAACUUCCUGAAGGCCCAGCGGGUGCAGGCGCCCGUGCAGCUCUACUCGGACUGGCUCUCCGUGGGCCACGUGGACGAGUUCCUGUGCUUCGUGCCCACCUCCGACCGAAAGGGCUUCCGGCUGCUCCUGGCUAGCCCCAGUGCUUGCCUCAAACUCUUCCAAGAGAAGAAAGAGGAGGGCUAUGGGGAGGCGGCCCAGUUUGAUGGGUUAAAGUACACGGCAAAGAUAAGCAUUAAUGAGAUGCUGGCGGACAGACGGCUCCAGAGCGACAGUCUCCACGCACAGAAAUGCAUCGACUGGAACCGCGAGGUGCUGAAGCGGGAGCUGGGCCUGACUGAGCGCGACAUCGUGGACGUCCCCCAGCUGUUCUCGGUGAGGGGCUCCCACGCGGAAGCCUUCUUCCCGGACAUGGUCAACAUGGUGGUCUUGGGCAAGUACCUGGGCAUCCCCAAGCCCUAUGGGCCCAUCAUCAACGGCCACUGCUGCCUGGAGGAGAAGGUGCGGUCCCUGCUGGAGCCGCUGGGCCUCCACUGCAUCUUCAUCGAUGACUACCUGUCCUACCACAAGCUGUCUGGGGAGAUCCACUGCGGCACCAACGUGCGCCGGAAGCCCUUUCCCUUCAAGUGGUGGAACAUGGUGCCCUGAGCCGGUGCCCACCCGCCAUCCUCUCUGCCCUCUUGCUGGGGGACCCCACCCUCCUGGCCUCCAUCCUCUUGGGGGGCCUUGGCGCUUUGCAAAUGUGCUGGUCACUGUGGGCACCAGGACACAGGGACGGGCACCGCCUGUCCUCGCCUCUGGAAUGGCCUGCCCAGCCCGAGAAGGACUCGCCUCAUUCUUCUCCCUCCUCUUCCCCACUCCCAGCCCCAGAGGUUCUGGAGAAGACCAGCAGCCGUAGCAUGUUCAGGAAUGGCCCCCACGAGGGCUUGGGCAGGUGGACCCCACUUUGAAUUGCUCCUCCCAUCCUGACGCCUCCCUGGGGCACACGGAUCAUAACCACCUGCACCCGGAGGGCCUGGGCUCUGGGGUGGGGGCCCGGGUUCCAGGCUGCCUCUAGCUCCUGUGAGACUGAGUGGGGAGACCAGAGGCCUCCUCUUCCCUCCACCCCCUUUCUCCUCCAGAAGGGGACCCAAAGCUGUGACCCCCCUCCCCUCCCCCAGUACACCAGCUGUAUGCAGCCAAAGGAGGACAGGAAAACCCAGUGUCCUAGGGCCUAUUUUAAAAAGAAAAAAAAGACAACAAAAACCCUUUAAUACCUGACUCUGUCCUCAGCAGGGUGCUUGUUACCUGCCAGGAAAGCCUUUAAUUACCAGAGCUGGCGCUUCCGGCUCAAAAGUGCUGAGAGGUCACAUUAGGCCUGAGGACACACAGGAAGACGAGGCAGGAGGGGACGGGCCAGAUGGCAGAGAAGACCAAGUGCCCAUGGAGGACAGAUCCCAGGGCCUAGAGGCUUCUGUGUCCCGGGGCUCCUGGGCUCUGGUUUGAGGACUGCGGAUUUGAAGGGAGCUGGCUGUUCCAGAAGUAGCAGGGGGCGGGGCCCAGAUGUGAGAAGAGGGUGGGGGGGCAUUACGUUAUCUCUGCAGGUGGGGUUUAAUUUCCUUUAAUAGCCUUUAAUUAUUCCCCUUCCUCUGCAGGCAGUGGGAGGGGAAGGCUCGCCCCGUCUCUCUCAGCGCCCUGGGACCCUGCACGUAGCUUGGGUUUCUCUUCUGAGUAAACCCGUGGCAGGCCCGUGUCCCCUCCCAUAGUAGGGAAGACAGAGCUGCAUCCGGAGGCUAAUAGCCCUGGGUGGGGUCGCCGAGAUGUGCACAGCCCGGGGGGCUGGGCUGGGCUGCAGGGCUUGGGCAGGAGGGAGCCAGCCUCCUUCCUCCCCACCUCUGGGCCUUCGCAGGGCUCCUCUGCCUGUCUGGGUUUUUGGUGGCUCUUGGCUCAAACUGAGCCAGCUACUGUCACUCUGAGCCUUAGAACACUUAGCAAACAGAGGCUUACCUGGAACUGCUAUGGUUAAAGUGGUGGGUGGAAACCCAGAUCCUUCCCUUCCAGAAGGUUCUGCAGAAGCCCAUUUGCAAGCUCCUGCUUUAGCCUGAGCACCUUCUGCUUAGGAUCCUGACCCAGCCUAGGCUGAGCCAAGAAGGAGGAGAAGGAGGCUCUUUAGGGGCCGAGGGUGUGAGGCUGGGGAUGGGUGUCCCCAGGGAAGGAGCUGUGGGCGGGAGGGGAGUGGGCACAGUGGAGAGACAGGGAGUGGGGGGGCCAGCCUUCUGAGCCACACUGAGUGGAGGAAGCUCUGGAGUCAUUGAGGGGUCUCUGGUGUCCACUCUGAGAAUGUCCUGGGUGACCAGUCACCUCUUUUCUGAUCAAUAAAAGAUGUC